CUGGGUGUGGUGCACACCGAGGGCGGUUUUGUGGAAGGCGAGAAUAAAAAGCUGGGACUCUUUGAGAACUACGUCGACAUCUUCAGAGGGAUCCCCUUUGCUGCCCCUCCAAAGACCCUGGAAGACCCCCAACCUCAUCCUGGCUGGGAUGGAACGCUGCAGGCAAAAAAAUUCAAAAAUCGCUGCCUGCAGAUGACGCUUGCACAAACUGAUGUCCGCGGGAGCGAGGACUGUCUCUAUCUGAACAUCUGGGUCCCUCAAGGGAGGAGAGAUGUCUCUACCAACCUGCCAGUGAUGAUCUGGAUCUACGGCGGCGGCUUCCUUGUAGGAGGGAGCCAGGGAGCCAACUUCCUCAAUAACUACCUCUACGAUGGCGAGGAGAUCGCCGUGCGGGGCAACGUGAUCGUGGUGACCGUCGGCUACCGCGUGGGGCCCCUGGGCUUUCUGAGCACCGGAGAUGCAAACUUGCCAGGGAACUAUGGGCUCAAGGACCAGCACAUGGCUAUUGCCUGGGUGAAGAGGAAUAUCAAGGCCUUUGGGGGUGACCCAGAUAACAUCACCAUCUUUGGGGAAUCAGCCGGUGCUGCCAGUGUCUCCCUGCAGACGUUGUCCCCAAAGAGCAAAGGCCUGUUCAAGAGAGCCAUCAGCCAGAGCGGCGUGGGUCUGUGCAGCUGGGCCAUCCAGAAGGACCCGCUCGCCUGGGCUAAAAAGCUUGGACAAAAAGUGGGCUGCCCUAUAGACAACACCACCGCCUUGGCCACCUGCCUGCGCGUCUCCAACCCCAAAGCUUUGACGCUGGCCUACCACCUGCAGCUGAUCAACCUGCCCA